GUGGAGCCCCUUAAAGGUUCUACUUUAUAUUACCUAACCACCUUCUUCUUCUCCUUCGCUGAUUAAUCAAAAACUUGCAUUCUGUUGCAGCAACUGGUUUUACAGAAAAUGGGGUCACUAGAAAGAUCAAAGAAGGGAAUUCAGUUGUGGAAGAAAGCCAUGAUCCAUUUCUCUCUGUGUUUUGUGAUGGGGUUCUUUACAGGCUUUGCUCCAACAGGUAAUUCAUCUUUCGUUUCAACAAAAGUAGCUUCUGCCUCCAAUGGAACAGAAUUUGCACCGCAAGCUAUUGAAAUGUCACACGACCAGCCAACGAAUGUCAACAGAAGUUUAAUAUCUCCAAGUUCUAGGAUCCCCAAACACAAGACAGAGUCUCAUGUACAAGAAGAGCCCAGUUUGAAGCCUAGAAAACACAUAAUCAUUGUCACUCCAACGAGCAACAAAAUUCCCUUUCAGGCAGUGUUAUUGAGGAGGUUGGCGAAUACUAUAAAGCUGGUUCCUCAGCCAUUGUUGUGGAUUGUGGUGGAACCACCAACGGAAUCCACAGAACUGUCGGAGAUACUCAGAAAAACAGGAAUCAUGUACAGACAUUUGGUGUCCAAGGAAAACUUCACGGACCUGGAAGCUGAGCUGAAUCAUCAAAGAAAUCUUGCUCUUAAGCACAUCGAACACCAUAGGCUAACUGGGAUUGUUCACUUUGCUGGGCUUUCCAAUGCUUACGAUCUUGAAUUCUUCCACCAGCUUAGACAUAUUGAGGUAUUUGGAACAUGGCCAGUGGCUCUAUUAGCAGCGAACAGGAAGAAAGCAAUUAUAGAAGGGCCAGUGUGUGAUUCUUCACAAGUUAUAGGUUGGCAUCUGAAGAAUAUCAACAAUGAAUCUGUUUCUGCCACUCCUCCCAUUCACAUUUCAAGUUUUGCAUUCAAUAGUUCCAUUCUCUGGGACCCUGAAAGGUGGGGUCGCACUUCUUCCGUUCAAGACACAUCUCAGAACUCAAUCAAAAUUGUGAAGCAAGUCGUAUUGGAAGAUGAAUCAAAGUUAAAUGGGAUUCCGCCAGAGGGAUGCUCCAGAAUCAUGCUAUGGCGUUUCAAUUUUCAACCUCCUGUCCCUUCAAGAUAUCAACUUUUAACAUCCACAUCAAAUGGUAGCCCCAGAUAAUGAAACAAGAAUCCAGAAAAUUGCAAACAUUGAGGCAAAUCCAAGGAUUGGCGAAUGCAGGAAUUUCUUUCAUACUUUUGAGGAUUUUAUUCUAUAUUUUCUUUUAGUUUUGGUUAGUUUUACGUUUACACAUAUCUUCUGUAUGUUAAUAAUUUUAUUGGUUCAUAAGGAAUUCAAUGUUUUGUAGCGUAGAAGAAGCGAAAAACAUCCAAUCUGGGAUCAUUUUAAGUUCGGGAAAGCUAUUCUUUUAGUGAUUCAUCAAAUGAAGUAUAUGGAUCAGGUUGGGCUUUUUUGGAUGCCAAA